AUGGAACCGGACGUCCUCGUUCAACGGCAGUUACAUCCGUAUUUUUCGCGGUGUUCAAAUCCGGAAACUCCGUCUCGCCGGACGUGGCAGGUGGCAAAUCCGGAGCAUCACCAGCUGGAAUCACAGCGAUAUCCGUCAUACAAUCACGUGUCCUGCCCUCCCGUGAAUCCUCGGAAUCAAGAUGUUCCGGUAUGCAGAUAUCGCCGGCGACCUGAGGAAACAUUCGAUUUGGCUUGGAUGCGAUCUCUGCAAGACCUAGAGUCUCGACAUCUGAAUCCGGACGCUCGGGGUUGUUGGGCACAGAUACAAAUAUCGGCGUCGAUAUGUCGAUCGCAGGAGACUCGCACGGCUGUAGUCUUGUUUCCAACUCCGGAUCACUAA